GCCCCCAGCGCGACCCAUCCGCCAGGCCCCGCCCCGCCCCAGCCCACGCUUGGUCCUUUCAUCGCUCGUGGGCGGCCACGUCCUCCCCACGACGCUCUGAGGUCACCGACGGGGCUGGACGGCAGGGGGCGGAGGGACUAAGGGAAGAUGGCGGCCGAGGCCGGAUAUUGGCGCCGCCUCCCCCAAUCGCAGAGCCGGCGCAGAUGAGGCGGCUUGGCUGGGACCAGCGGCGCUUCGGAACCCGAGCUGGGGGGACCCUGGCGGUGGGGCCUGGUCCUGCUCUAUGCCGGCGCCUAGGCUAGCGUGAGCGGCCGCGGUAACGCCUCUCUUCCGCGGCGCUUUCCCUGUGGCUGCGAGUCGGAGCGGGCGGCGGGCCGGCAUGGAAGACGUUAACUCCAACGUGAACGCCGACCAGGAGGUGCGGAAGCUGCAGGAGCUGGUGAAGAAGCUGGAGAAGCAGAACGAGCAGCUGAGGAGCCGCUCGGGAGCCGUGCAGGGCACAGGCCUCCUCGGGCCCGGCAGCCCGGCCCGGGCCGGUGUAUCCACCCCCUCCUCGGGCGCGGCGUCCCCUCGGGGCUUCCCGCUGGGCCUGAGCGCCAAGGCGCCCAGCGGGGUCGGCUCGGGCCCACGGCGGACGAGCAGCGAGGACCUGCGGGACGCCGCCACCUUGUUGGCGGCGGACGAGGGCGGCUUGCUGGACGAGGUGGAGCCGCUGCGGCCCGAGGAGCUGGAGCGCCUGUCCGGCUGGGAGGAGGAGGAGGAGAGCUGGCUAUACUCAUCACCAAAGAAAAAACUUACACCAAUGCAGAAAUCUGUUAGUCCGUUAGUUUGGUGCAGGCAAGUUCUGGAUUACCCAAGUCCUGACGUCGAAUGUGCUAAAAAGUCUCUUAUCCACAAACUUGACCAGACUAUGUCAGCUCUCAAGAGGCAAAAUUUGUAUAAUAAUCCUUUCAACUCUAUGAGUUAUACAAGUCCUUAUAGUCCAAACGCCAGUAGCCCGUACAGCAGUGGCUUCAACUCUCCAUCCUCAACACCAGUGCGACCUCCUAUAGUCAAACAGCUUAUACUCCCUGGAAAUUCAGGUAACUUCAAAAGCUCAUCAGAUAGAAAUCCUCCUCUCAGUCCUCAAUCCUCUAUAGAUAGUGAGUUAAGUGCUUCAGAAUUAGAUGAAGAUUCAAUUGGAUCCAACUAUAAGCUAAAUGAUGUAACUGAUGUGCAGAUUCUAGCCCGGAUGCAGGAAGAAAGUCUCCGGCAAGAGUACGCAGCCACCACUUCUCGGCGCAGUUCUGGUUCAUCUUGCAAUUCUACAAGACGGGGUACUUUUAGUGAUCAGGAACUUGAUGCACAGAGUUUAGAUGAUGAAGAUGAUAGUAUGCAUCAUGCAGUAUACCCUGCUGUUAACAGGUUUUCUCCAUCACCACGCAACUCACCUCGACCAUCUCCUAAGCAGUCACCCCGAAAUUCACCUCGUUCACGGUCUCCUGCCCGGGGAAUAGAAUACAGCAGAGUGUCCCCACAGCCUAUGAUUAGCCGCUUGCAGCAGCCCCGCCUUUCCCUCCAAGGCCAUCCAGCAGAUUUACAGACAAGCAAUGUUAAAAAUGAAGAAAAACUAAGACGAAGUCUUCCAAACCUGUCUCGAACAUCUAACACACAAGUUGACUCAGUGAAGAGCAGUAGAAGUGAUUCCAAUUUUCAAGUGCCAAAUGGAGGAAUACCUCGCAUGCAACCUCAGGCUUCAGCUAUACCUUCUCCAGGCAAGUUCCGCUCCCCUGCAGCACCAUCUCCUCUGGCUCUUCGGCAACCAGUGAAAGCAUUUAGUAACCAUGGCUCUGGUUCUCCUAGUAGCCAAGAAACUACACAGUUCACACAAACCACCUCCUCACCUGGGCCUCCUGUGGUUCAGAACACAGUCCCAGCAAACCCCCCUAGCAAUAUCAACAGCACUACUCUAACCAGACCUGCGGGGACAACCACAAUGAGGAGUGGCCUGCCCCGGCCGAGCGCCCCUUCUGCAGGGGGUAUACCAGUGCCUCGCAGCAAGCUUGCACAGCCUGUUCGCAGAUCUUUACCAGCUCCUAAAACCUAUGGUAGUAUGAAAGAUGACAGUUGGAAAGAUGGCUGUUACUGACCAGCAGAGACAAGAACGCAGAGGUCCACAGCUUCAUGGAUACCCCUUCACCAGGCUGGAAAAUGACUUUUAUAUGCAGACUCUUCAGAUAAAGACUCUUGGGAUUUAUAAAAUCCCAGCCCACUCUGUCUUAAAUAGCACAAACCGACAGAGAUGAUCAAGCAGCACUUUAAUAACAUUUAAUAUCAGAUGUGUUUGGUAAUCAUACAAUCACUUUCCAUGGAGUCACUUUUAGUUUUGUUCAGUAGAAACACGGUUCUUUUUUUUUAUUUAAAUAUUUCACAGAGGCCAAUAUCUGGACAAAUACCUAGUGGAUGCCAAAGAAAAUGCCCAUUUAUAGACAGGAGAGUACCUUUGUACCCAAGAAGGUGAUGAAUUCAGGCUGUCCAAACGACGUUCAACCUGCUUUAAUGUACAAAUAGUAUCAAUAAAUAUUUGUGUUAAUGAGAACUAAUAUUCUGACUAAUUAAAGUGUUUGACUGGUACUCUAGGAUAUUGUAGAUUAUUAAGCUUAGGAGGGAGAAAGGAGAAAAACUAGGUGAAAAAUUAAAACAUGCUACCUAUAUUUAGGAGAGUUUUAUAAAUUAUUUUUUCAGGUUCAUUGGAAAAAGUAUCACUUAUUCAGUCUUAAAUUUGGGACAUAGCUCACUUCACACAUAGCCAUCCCCAGAUAGUGUUACAGCGUGCAUCCAUCAUGUUGCAUUGACAUAUCAGACUUCUAUGUGUUUGUUUUGAUUGCCAAAAGGGCUUACUAUCAGUUGUACAAUCUUUCUAAACUUUAUAGUUCCUGGCUCAGGAAAGAUGGCCUUUGUUAUUGAAGCCAACUUCUUCACAUGCUGUUAUCUGUCACAGAACUAAAAGAUCUUGUUUCUAUUACCAGGUUUCUAUGAUGGGGGAAAAAGCAAGUUGUAUGUGUCUUUACUCUUGAUAAAACAACACCUCAGUGCUUACAACCUGGAAUAAAACCAUACUACGAGAGAGGGGGUGGAAAUCUAUGCAUUUAACUAUAAAACCUCUGGUGAUGACAGUUGUAUUGUUGCUAUUAAGUGGCAUAACGGUCUAUUAUGUGGUAGGAAAAACUAGCUUGGUAAGUCCUACUUAAGUCGAUCCACUUCAAACUGAGUAACUGUAUAAAAUAUCUUUUUUUAAAAAUACUGUCCCUUUUGACUUAGAUCUGCCUUACAUCAAUUUUUACAUUGUUUGGUAACAAACCGUCUGACUAAUUUGCUAAAUACUUGCCCUCUAAAGGCUCAUGUGUAUAUAUAGUCUUUCAAUCACCUGUUUCAGUUUUACCAGAUUAUUACCAAACUGAAGCUUCCUUCUGUAGCAGACUUCUCAUUUUUUAUGAUGAGGUCUGUUUCUUAAAUGCUUAAUUUGAACAAUUCUAAAAUAUUGGCAGUUGGGUCACAUAAAAGGUUUUAGAGAUUUAAACAAAUCUCCUGCUAAUGGAGGACAUUCUGUAAGUCGACUGGAGCAGUGGAGGAAGAGAAGGCUUCCUGUUCAAGGCAGCACUGAGUUGAUAGGUCAAGAAAACGGUAAUACUUAGAACCAGGCCCCCAUUCUGCAAAUGACUGACACCAGGCAGUCCUUACUGACUGGACCCACAGGGAGACAGACAUUCAGCUAAUGCAAGCAGCUGCACGUGCAGCUGCCAGUGCUGCAGACUUAGUGUAGCAUGGAAGGGAGAAAUUGUGUCCUUGCAUUUGAAGGUGAUGAGGUGGAAAGGAUGGUAUCAUAAUUCUACAUAAUGAACUAAAAACUGUUGCUUUUCAGAGGAAGAUAAAGACAACAUCUGCUUUGGUAAAGGAGUAUCUCAUGUAAAUCUAAGUAAGUAACAAAGAACCAGCCACUGUCUCUUUGUAAAACCACGUGUACACAAAGCAAAGAGGUCUCUGUUCAGUGUAACAUUUCAAAAAUAAAUGCUGCAAUCUAAUAAUUAAGAAUCUUAAUGAACCAUCUAUUACAUGUUUUAAGUUAGAUAAUCGUUUCAAAAGGAAUAUUCAGGUUAUUAAACUUUGUUUAAAAUGGCUGCACCAGAAAAAAAAAAUUUUUUUUUUAACUGUUUUAUCACUUUGAGUGUACUUUGGGUCUGAGUUAAGUGAUUUCAUUUUAUGUACUGUUGCACUACCACAGACUCUAGGCUUGUAGUUUCCUAAAGAGAAAAAUUGCCUUUUUACUAGAAAGCCUUUGUGUAUUGCCAGUUUUUCUGUUUGGGAAAAUCUAAGGAUGUACUGUGGUUAGUCAUACAGGAGAAAUGGGGUUUGAUAAACUAGUGCCUAUGAUUUUAACUUAUGUUUGAUAUAUAGUAGUAAGGGUUUAUGAAUGUUGAUUAUUUUGUGCCAACAACCCAGAAUUGUCACUUAUAUGUAAGCAGAAAGCUGUGAUCUCUGCUUCCAAAGUUAUUUAAUUUUCCCGGUGUUUGGAUGUUAUUUUUUGUAAGUGUGUUAAUAAAAAGUGUAAAGAAUUGGAAAAAUAUAAAUAUUCUUAACUCAA